CCGCCUUCCAGCGGGGGCAGGUCUGGGGAGAUGUGGGUCAGCUGGUCUCUCUCUCUCCCUCCCUCUCCUCUUCUCCCUUCUUCCCUCUGCCUCGUCUUUCUCCUUCCCUCUCUCCUCCUCCCUCUCCCCCUCCCUCCCAUCCUUCCAGAGCCCUCCUCUCUGAUGCCCACGGCCCCUCCUCCGGCCUCUCCGAGCUGCAUUUCCGCUGGCCGUGCCAGAGUUCACCCCUCCUCUUCCCGCCCCCUGCCCGGCGGGUCUCUGUGAGAGGUCCUCCUGGCGGGGUGGCUCCGGGCUGCCUGAGGCGCUCGAGGGCAGGAAGCGCGAGCUCACAGACCCUCCCUGACGGGCCUUGGGCAUCCCCCAGAAGAGAGAGGGUCUCCCGGCCGGGAGGAGCUCGGUAGAGGUCAGCUCCGAGGUCGUCGACAGCCAGAGAAGGGGAGCAUAGGGGGCGCGUCAGUCACGCUGAGUGGGGAGCACUCCGCACGAUCUGGGGGCUCAUCCACAAGGGCGAGCCGGCCACGGUGACAGAACAGGAGCCAGAAGGCUCUUGGUACGGAAGCCUGGGGCCAAAAAUCUCCCAAGGAGAAGUUCAGUAUAGACGAGGGAGAAGUCCCACAUUUGGAUACAAAACUCGACUUUCCAAACCCAGGAUAGGGGGAAGAAAGGGCGCCUGCUAGGUGCCAAGCCCUUAAGUGCUAAGUGAGGGUCUCGCUGGAUCCUCGGCCACCUGGGAAGAAGAGGCUGUUAUGAGCCCAUUUUAUGAAUGAGGAACCUGAGGCAGACGGUGAAGUCACUUGUCCAGGGUCGGAAGGUUGGCGGGGGUCUGAAACCAGGCUGGAGCUCGGCUCCCGUGUCCCCCGGUGGUCCGGCCCCGGGCCUGAAGGCCCAGGGUCAGUCAGCCAAGAGCUUCUGGGACUCCGGGCUUCCCCUGGGGGCGGGGCCCUGAGGAGUAAGGAGGUGAGUGGGCGCAGUGCCAGACAGCUGGCACUCACUGUGCCAGGCACGAGGAGAGGCUGCACACUGCCGGGGUCUCUGGCUCCGCUGGCAGAGCCCGAGCCGGAGAGAAGGUGGGAGGUGCCAGGGCCGGAGAGAAGGUGGGAGGUGCCAGGGCCGGAGAGAAGGUGGGAGGUGCCAGGGCCGGAGAGAAGGUGGGAGUCCCAGGGCCGGAGAGAAGGGGGGAGGUGCCAGGGCCGGAGAGAAGGUGGGAGUCCCAGGGCCAGAGAGAAGGGGGGAGUCCCAGGGCCGGAGAGAAGGUGGGAGUCCCAGGGCCGGAGAGAAGGUGGGAGUCCCAGGGCCGGAGAGAAGGUGGGGGGUGCCAGGGCCGGAGAGAAGGUGGGAGGUGCCAGGGCCGGAGAGAAGGUGGGAGGUGCCAGGGCCGGAGAGAAGGUGGGGGGUGCCAGGGCCGGAGAGAAGGUGGGAGUCCCAGGGCCGGAGAGAAGGUGGGAGUCCCAGGGCCGGAGAGAAGGUGGGAGGUCCCAGGGCCGGAGAGAAGGUGGGAGUCCCAGGGCCGGAGAGAAGGGCGCACCCGAGAGCUUCCUAGGCCCCGUUGUGCCUGGCCCCCAAGGACAGAGCUGGGAGCGGUGGCCAGGCCACGGAGGGGCAGAGGAGCGUAGGGUCAGGAAGAACCAGCCACAGCGACUGAGCCAGGAGCAGGGAAAGGGAGCCUCCUGUGGCCCGAUCAGGGAGCGGUGUGGGGGCAGCCAGAGAGCGGGGCCCAGGACCCACCUUGGAGGAAAGAAGGGCCCGGUGGGAGAGGCGCUGACGGGGCUGCUGGGAGGAGGCUCCCUACUCCUGCCCCCAGGGGGACUCGGGCCAGCCCCAGCUCCGGGACAUGCAGAGCCCACGCACUGGGGACAAUUAGAGAAAGUUGUUCUUUCCAUCCGACUUUCUCCACUGUGGCAGCCGGGGCACGGGGGCCAUCCCCUGACCAGCAUUUGUUAAGCACCUACUGUGUGUCAGACACUGGGAUGCGGCAGGUGCAAAGACAAGCCUGUUCCUGCCGUCGAGGGAGAACCGAGACCAGUGGCAGGGCCAGGCUCUGGGCUCCAGCUCUGGGCUGCGGAGGGGAGGGGUGGGGGCCAGGCUGGCAGUGGGCUCCGGGCCCGGCCCCAGAUCCCUCUGGAGCAGAGUGGACAGCGGGGCCUCCGGGGCCAGCGGGUCUCAGAGGCGAGGACGGGGCCGAGCUGCCCCAGGAGCUGCGCCCUGGCUCUUCCCCAGCCCUGACGGUCCCCUCU